GUAUACGAGGUCCCCACACUAUGAUACAAGAUACAUUUACUUCCGUUUUGAAGGUUUAUAACCUUGCUAGAGCUAAAGAAUUACUUGUGUUUUGAUGAAUGAAAGAUAUAAAGGAAACAAUGAGGAACAUAAAUUUGAUUAUGUAUACAAUUUGUAUGUUUCAACUUGUUUACAACACGUCAGGAGAGAUCGAUGAAAAAUGUAAAGUAGGUUGUGCAUGCUGUAAAGAAAGACAAUGUAGACGAGGGAAAUUUUACCAGGACGAAUGUACUCUAGGCUGUAUAGAUGGCUAUGACGGACUUCGAUGUUACCGAAAAUGUUCAAACAACUGUAUAAAAUGCCCUCAUUAUAGCGAUACGUGUACUGCGUGUUAUGAUGGCUAUUACCCCGGCUCUGCUAGAGACUGCACAUCAAAUUGUUUACCCGGAUGUAAAACAUGCAAAACAGGAACCACGUGUACAUCAUGUAAGGAGGGAUUCUAUAACGCAGAUGGUCAAAAUGACUGUCGUAAUCGUUACUGUUCUGAAAAUUGUAAUUGUGAAAGUAAUCAGUGUGUGUCAUGUAAGGGCGGAUAUUACAAUACCAGUAAUUUAUGCAAUAGUUUAUGUCCAAGUAACUGUAUCAUGUGUUUGUCGAAUACUGAUUGUGGAUAUUGUAAGGAUGGUUAUUAUAUAGGUUACCAGGACGACAACACUUACAAGACUUUUUUGAAUGACUGUACACACAAAUGUCGAGAUAACUGUAUACGAUGUUCAUCCUAUGACAGUUGCUCGGUUUGUAAAACUGGUCAUUAUGGACCAAAAUGUGGGGUAAGUUGCUCGAUUGGUUGUAUGUCAAACACUUGCGACAUGAAAACUAGAAACUGUGACUGUUUUCCAAAUUUUGCUGGGGUAAGAUGUGAUAAAUGCAAAACCGGAAGAUAUGGAAACAUAUGCAAUCAACAGUGUUCUGCAGGGUGUAAAGGUGGCGUUUGUGAAAGAGAAUCCGGAAAUUGUACAUACGGAUGUACUGUAGAUACGAUCUCUGGGGUUAAAUGUGACGUUUGUUCAACAGGCUGGUAUGGACAGAACUGUGACAUAUAUUGUUCUGUUGGCUGUAAAAACAAGCAAUGCGAAAAAAGUAAUGGUGAAUGUUCAUAUGGAUGUCUUGAUAACUUUGAAGGACGGCAGUGCAAUCAAUACAUGCCUGAGCAGUCAGUAAAUACAGCUGCUGUAAUACUUGGGACAGGAUUUGCUGUGUCAGUAGUUAUUAUCAUCAUACUUGUGAUUCUCUGGAAAUGUCGGAAAAGGGCCAAUGGUAAUAGCACUACAAGGGGACCUCUUAAUGUUUACUCUGGCAUCGAACUGGAAUGUGAAAGUUCGACAAACGCUGGCAAUGUCAGAAAUCAUGAAAUUGGUCAAGAAUCAAACAGUGAUAUUGUGUUAGGAUCAGAUGAAUAUUAUCAGGAUCUUGGAAAAGUUCAAGUAUCCGAGCAAAAAUAUGGACAUAUUUGUGAUUGGUGUAACUGUAGAAGUUAGUAUAACAACAACAGCAAUACCUAUUACUUGCACGUCUAUACACGUGAUAGAGAAACAAGUGUAUUCAGUUUCAUUCAUUUCUUUUUUGUAUAGUGCUAAAUAACUGUCUGAUAUUGUAAUGUGUUUUGAAAAGAGGCCUUCGGCUUUUAUGUUUUAAACUAAUUAUUUCAGUAAUAUAACCAGUGGAUUAGAGGUUUCGAUAGGUUUCCUUCUUGUUUUUUUAUUUUAUCGACGACAAGUUUCAUUUUUCACCUUAAUUCUUUUGAGUUGACUGUUAUAUCAAACGAUUUAACUAAAAUAACAUAUCUAAAUUGAGAAAAGCUGAAGGCCGCUCUAACACAUUUGUAAAUAUUUGUAUAUGACUGUUGAUAUUUUGACAUCGGCACUUAUGAAGUUAUAUCAAUUAAUUAAUCUUAUAUAAUAAUAAAAUCUCAUUCAUUUGUUGAAGAUAUUCUAUGCUCACACUUGAGUAAAAUAUUUGAAACAAAGAAAUUUAUUUAAAUCCAUUAAAUUAUUACUGGAAAUGACCAUAAAAUUUGAAUAAAAAUGUGAAUAAUAUAUGUAUUGAAAGUCACGCAUCCAAAGUUAGUCUUUUCGUACAAAAGGGAAAAAACUGCCAGUAUUUUAACGACACUUUAUGUUCAUAUUGUGACCACCUUAAAGUGUGUAGAGUUUUAAACAUGACAUAUCUACUUUGUGUGAAAAAUGCUUAUUUUAUAUUUACAAUAGUUUGUGUAGCAUUUAUCAAUACAGUAAACUUCACUUAUAGCGAACACGGUUAUAACGAACUUCCGGUUUUAAGGAACAAUUUAUUUUGGCCAGAAUUUUACCCUUCUUUAUUUAAUAUAAAAAUAUAUGGUUAUAGCGAACACGGUUAUUAGGAAUUAUCGCUUAUAAAGAACUCAUUUCUAAGUCCCGAUUUAGUUAAAAGUAAAGAAAAUUAUACUUUUAUAACGAACUCUAAAAUAUCGGCUAUAUUCUUGCUAAUCCAUCGAAACUUCAAAGUACACUUGAUGGAAAUGAAAAGAAAUUUAAAUCUUUGAUACUAGUAAGUAAAGUCAUUCUAAAAUAUAUUAGGAGAUAUUCAAUAUAAAAGGAAUGAAAAAACUUGUUUAUUCUUAAUCAUAGGAAGAAAACGACAAGCACUAAGUUUAGAAACAAAAUAUGAUAUUUUAUGAGAAAUUAAGAAAGUGAGUAAAAAAUAUGAUAAACAAGAUCAACAAAAAGAGGCGGCGGCGUUCAAUGAACUAAAACUGAAAUAGCAAAGGAUUUUCAAAUUCCAAACUGUACCCUUUCGGGUAUUGUGUCUAAAAGAGAAAUAAAUGACUUUUUUUUUCUUAAUCAAAUGCUCUUCAAAAUGGCAAACGAUGGUAAACAAUCAGUUCGUUAUAUGUAAAUAUGUUCGCUAUAAAAACUCCUGAUACAAGGAACUUAUUCGCUAUAUGCUUACAAGGAACUCCGGAUAUAAGGAACAGAUGUUGAAUGUCCCAAUGAGUUCGUUAUAAGCGGAGUUAACUGUAUAAUCUAAUAUCAAAUUUGAGCGCAAUAUAUCUUUAAAUUUGAUGGCUUAUAAAGUGCAUUCUCCACACAUUUUCUAUAAUGUUGACAUAUGAUAAAAGCGAUUUUUUGUCAGUUAUCAUAAUUAUGCUUACAACCAUAUGCACUUGUAUUCCUUUAUGAUGUUUGACAUACAUUUUGUAAAACGAUGCCUGCCAUUUUUAUGUAAUAAGAAAAAUAUUGUGUAAUCUGUUAAGUCAAAGUUCAACAAAAAUAAAACAAAUGAAAUAAUUUAUUAGCAUUUUUAGCAAGUAAACGUUUUUAACACCAAGCGCACAUAAUGCAAUGUAAAAAAUGAGAUAGAUAUAGUAAAAGAAGUGUUACAAGUUAAAAUUAAGAUAAGAAUCUUUUCAAGCUAAGUUUGAUUGAUCGUGGUCAGUGAAGGUAUUGAUGAAUAAGAAAUACCAACAAAUAGGUGCAUCACCUUUAAAGCAGAUCAGAUGAAAUAAUGUGAAUUUUGUCAUAUCUAGAAAUCGAUGUCAUUUAAGCUUAGUUUUCAAGUUUUAUCAUAUACUUCUUGUGUUAUGAAUAUAUAUUUUAACAUUGUAAUAUAUUUUUAACCUCUUAUAACUCGAUAUUGUGAUGGCUGUUGGCUGUGUUCUUUGAUACUGUAAACUUUAAACGUUGUAUGUAUAAUGUAUGUACAAUGAUUAGAUGUAAAUAAAGAUUUCUACUUG